AUGGCGCGGUCCUCAAUAAGCCCUUCGGCGCUCUCUAAGUUGAAGGAAUUGGCUUCUUGGCUCCAAACGGCCGAAAUGGAGGAGGAGGAGAAAAACACCUUCCGAUGCGUGGACAGCGAUCGCCAUGUGAAACUGCGUCCACUGCUAGAUGAACUGGGAUAUCGUAUUAAGGGCCAUGGUUAUACAAUGUAUCGUAUAACCGGGAAAGCUGCAAUCAACGUAACUCCUAAACACCGGUCGUUCUUCUUUCCCCUCACUAUCGGUUCAGAAAAAGACGCACCAUCGAGCGAGCUGCAAGUGGCAGGCGAAUCGCUCACCCCAGGUGAUUUCAUCCACUAUACUAGUCCUUUCGUCCUGAAUACGAAGUUGGACUUUCUCAUCGUUCUAUUACCGGACCCAGGUGAAAACUAG